UAGCGGCGAGAGGAAACCACGGUUAAACUUCUUGCCCCGCUGAGUGUGAUUAUAAUAAUAAGGCAGAUGUUCCAGCUCAGAUUAAACUUCUUCCCCCGCUGAGUGUGAUUAUAAUAAUAAGGCAGAUUAAAGGACUGAGGGCUGAUGGUGGUGUUUGACAUGACCUCCUUCUGUGUUCUUCGUGGUGUCAUCUUCAUGAUCAUCUCCAUAACUAGGAAGUGAUUUUAUUCAGUGUGAUAUAUGCAGAGUACUGCCCUGCUGACUAAACCUUAAGAAGUGCUGGUGGUGCCGUCUCACACAUGACGUCCUCCUGUGUCCUUUGCGGUGUCCUCUUCGUCAUCACGAUCACGUCCAUCACUACACCUGUAUCAGCUGUUACUACAGUACGGGUGAAGUUUAAUCAGGCUGCUGCUCUGCCAUGUGAACGGACCUGUUCUCGUGAGGCCACAUGGACUCCAUUCAGUAACGAUCAGGUAGUGGCUCAGUGCAAUCAGACAUCCUGCUGGUCAGAGGAGGGAUUUAAAAUGUCCCAUGAUGAGUACCUGAAGGGAAAUCUCACCCUCACCAUCCCUGCAGCUGAUUUCAGUCAGAGGAAACUGUACACGUGUCAGUGUGAUGGCAGAGACAUAAAAGAUGUGCAACUCAGCAUCGACAGACGGAGCUCAUUAGUUCAGCUGAAUCCUGGUGAAGAUCUGCUGCUGGAUUUGCACGUAUCAGAGCGAGUGGAGGUGAUCUAUUACCACAGAGAUUCAGAUAAACAGAUCUGCAGUGUGGACAGAAGCUCACUCCACUGUCCAGCUGAAUACACCUCGAGAACAUCACUCACUAACACGGUUCUCACACUGAGAGGAGUCCGGUCGACUGAUGGGGGAGUUUACAUCGUCCGAGAUCCGGAGGAGGAGGAAGACCUUCAUAUUUACGCAGUCAGUGUUGAAGCGUGUGGUGGGAUACCAGAGUGGGUGUUUGUGGUGGUGGUGUUGGUGUCGUUGGUGUUGCUGCUGCUGUUUUAUGUACUGCAUGUGAAGCGUGUAUUCCUGAGGAAGCGAAGACAACGACAAAGAGCAGAUUUGAACAGCUUGCUGGAGGCAGAACGGCUAAACAUGGGGACUUCAGAAGAUCAUUUAAUACAGCAGGCUAAUCAUGGAGGAGAAAGAAGGCAGACGUCUACAGCUGUAAACGGAACCAUAGGACUGGCAGAGUUGGCUGAUGUCCCACAAAUGGACAGUAGAGCAGAGAGAGGGCAGCGAUCAAACAGCCCCACAGCAGUUCACAACAGGGUGAAAGCGUCAUUUAAGCACAAACGGUCCAACUAUAGGAAAGUUAAAGCAUAUGAUACAAUUUAGAGAUUCUACAGCUAAUGACUUGUAUGAAAGAGCUGAACAACUCUGCACAGCAACAUCAGUAUUUUAGUGGUGGAACAGGUGUGUGUGUGUGUGUAUACAGUGGUGUUUGAAAAUUUGUGAACUCUUUAGAAUUUUCUGCCCUGAAAGGCGCCUUAAAUAAAAUGUAUUAUUAUUAUUAGUGUGCUUGAAAAAGCACAGUAUUGUUCUUCAGUUUUAUUUUUAUUAUUCAUUUUCACCCGUUUUUUGGAUCCACUCCUCCUCCUAGGGCUUUUGAGAUAGAGACACCGUUCCAAUGCUGAAAUGUAGGGCCCGAUCUGGAAUGGUGUGCUUGUUAAAAUGGUUGCGCUACCCCUUGUCGUUCGUCCGGUAUUCCCAUUUUUCGGUAAAAUUCCGUGCCAUUGAAGUGAAUGGGAGUGAUGACGUCAUAAGGAGCGCCCCCACUCUAGACGUUAGAGCGCGCGCAGCAGAAAAAACAAAAUUAAAACUGCGAUUUUACAGCCAGAAUCCAUGUUUAAACCCUGUAAAACCUCUGAAUUAAAUUGAAGAACAUAUAAAAGGGUGGAGAGGAGAUUUCACUGCGCGAAGCGUCUCCCUUCAAAAUGCUGUGAGAGAGUGUGACGGGCUGAGCCGCGACGCUGACAGAGCGCAUGCGCAGGCAGCCAUGUGCCGCCAUUUUUAAAUCUCUGCUGUCCUGUCGCUGUUCUCAUUGCCACCACCGUAUGUACUGUUGAAUCUUUGUCGAGGAUCAAAAAGUAAAAUAAUUCACACUGGCUGUUAAAACUUGUAUUUCAACUCCGGGAGCAAUUCCCUCACCAGGCAUUCAAAACGCUCUUCCGGGUCUCGUUUGGGGAAACAGAUGGACUGUUCCACUGGGGGGAUAGAGGGGUGUCCCGGGUUCUUUGUGGGGCAGUCCAUUGUGCUGGGGGUGUCUUAGGGGUAAUGACUUGAAAGCCAUUUGGAGGGUUCAAUAAGGUGUUUUUGUGCAGGUCAGUUAUUGUAUGUAUUUUAUACAUUUUAUAUUUUAUUGUAUUGUAUUUUAUAGAAUGUGAGAGAAUGCGGCUUCAUUUGAGCAAGCACACUCCAGCAGUUUCUGCAGAGGAAAUGCAGUCUAGUUGUUAUUAUUAUUAUACUUUUGCCACUCACAGAUAUGUAAUAUUGGAUCAUUUUCCUCAAUAAAUAAAUGACCAAGUAUAAUAUUUUUCUCAUUUGUUUAACUGGGUUCUCUUUAUCCACUUUUAGGACUUGUGUGAAAAUCUGAUGAUGUUUUAGGUCAUAUUUAUGCAGAAAUAUAGAAAAUUCUAAAGGGUUCACAAACUUUCAAGCACCACUGUAUAUGUGUAUGUGUGUAUAUUAUAUAAUAUAUAUGAUUUUACAAGUAAGGUGAGAGAGAAAUGGCAUUUCAAUUCUCCUACAUGUACUGGAUAAAUCGUGAAUUGACGACAAAAAAUAUUUGAAUGAAAGAACUCACCUGUUCUGAAGCCUGCUUCCUGCUGUUCUGUUUCCCCAAACUGUGAGAACUGUGGCCGGCCAGUGAGGGCCUUUCUGUGUGGAGUUUGCAUGUUCUCCCCGUGUCCGCGUGGGUUUCCUCCGGGUGUUCCGGUUUCCCCCACAGUCCAAAGACAUGCAGGUUAGGUUAACUGGUGACUCUAAAUUGAGCGUAGGUGUGAAUGUGAGUGUGAAUGGUUGUCU